UCAAGGACUCAACAUAGCAUAGUUUGAGACACAGAUCAAGAUUAAUUACGGUUACAACACUGAGAAUCUUUAGAACGAGAACUGGCAAGUCUUACAGAAGCUCACAGACAAUUAAAAAGAGAGAGAGGCUUGAAUGUGUUGCAGUGAUGUUAAAAAAAUAAUAAUAUAUCAAAAGAACUUCAAUUUCUAUUCUUGCAAAAAAUAGUAAUUCAAGCACUUUCAAUGACCUAUUUAUGUCGAUUUUAAAAAACUUUCAAGGCCUUGAUUUUUUUCUCCUCAAAUUCACAAACUUUCAAGGAUUUAAAGACCCGUGGGAAACCUGUUUAUCUCUCACAUGUAAACUUUACCAACAGCACAGUGGAUGAGGCUAAAAACACCACCUGACAAACUUGGCUCUGAUUAACCUGAUGAGCUUAAAGUCUUACAUGUAAAUGCCUAUAUGUGUGUAUGUGUGCGCAAGCGUGUGCGUUGAUGCACUUAACAUGACCAUCUGUGCAUGCUGAAGGAGAGAGAAGGAAGAAACACCCCAAUCCAUCUUAUCCUCUCAGCUGCUUACCAUCGCAAGCCCUGGUAGGUAGUCAGUUCACUCGACAAAUGUCUUUCCUACACUGUUUGACAACAAAAUUCUGUGGAGAAAGCAAUUGUUGGAGGAUUCUAGAAGACCUUGUUUAACCAACUACAGAGAUCCCUACCUAUGGAUUUACACUUUGGCUGUAACCUUUUCUCCUGACAAAUUUUUCUUCAGCAAAAGAGAAGUUUUUCUUGAAUCCUGUUUGAAUGCAAAAAUGGGCUGCUCUCCAUCCAAAGAGAAGUUAUUUUCAAAGCCAGAAGGACCUGGACCUCAAAAGGCACUGCAGGCUGAUGCACCACAGGACGUUGUUGAUUCUAGACCUGUAGAGGAGGAGAGCAAAUGUUUGAAGACUGAUGAGAGAGAAAAUGAACUUUCACUACCCACUGAAGAACAUCCUAUGAAAGAGACUGCAUGGUCUCAGUUGGCCUUAAACACAACGCCUGCCCAAAACGCAGAGGACAUUAAAGAAACAGAGGCGAAUGUGAUGCCCCAAGAAAUAAUCGAUGAGGUUGUACAAACGGUUAAGAUUAAAAAUACGGAGAAAAGAAAGAAAAAUAAAGGCAAGAGAAGGUCUUCUGAAAAGCAGAAGUCCUCUAUUGUCCAGGCAAUGGUGGACUUCCCGCCACAUAUGGUGAGAGCUCACCAGGCAGCCUAUGCCUUUCUCAACCCAAACAUCUCAAAAUAUGAGACCCUGUUGGGUCUGCUGGACCAGGCCACCCAGACACAGUUGUCUCUCCAGCCCAUGAUGUCUGCUUUGGUGUUGCGCUUUGAGGAGAUCAACCAGGCUUUAGAGGAGAUGGCUGAGGAGGGGGAGAUGGUGUUAAAGGAGCAUGGGGACUACAUGGCCUUGCCUUCUGGAAUGAUGGUCCCAGCUGUUAUGCAAGCUAAACCUAGCACUGCCACAACCAGCCCCCCUGAUCCACCUCUAGAUCUGUUACAGCAACUGCUCCAGCAUUCAACAGAGAAAAUGGCACUCGUUGGGGGCUCAGUCCAGACACUGGGUGACACCACGCUAAAGGAGGCAGUGGAGUAUUUUUCUUCCCUUUCUAAACUGUUGGUUGAGAAGCUGCGGGCCAAGCAGGCAGCGGAGCAGAGAUUGGCUCAAGUGCUGGCACGGAUAGAGGGGGCUGCCAUGAGGAAGUCUAACCCAGAGGAUUCAGCACUGCACAGUGAGGACAGCGGUAUUGGUGGAGAAAAUGAGAGUCUGACAGGGUCUGAGAGGGACCGCCGUCACAGAGGGAGUGCUGGAUCUGGAAGCUGUGGGUCGGGAAUCAACAUCCGUGGUGCAUUUGAUACUCUGCCCAGUAAUUUACCCAACCUGGUAGGCCAUAAUGAAGAUGAUGAAGAAGAUGAGGAGGAGGACGAUGAUGACGAUGAAGAGUAUGAGGAUAAUGAAGGUGAUAGGCCUGAAAGGAAGAGGUCAAACUCUUCCCCACCAGAUCCCAGUCAACCUCUUCUCUACAUGGGUGCAAAUUACAUGCAGGAUGGGCAGCCUACAGUGAAACGACCCCUGACUGCUGUCACUGCAACCAAACCAGAACACUAUUCAUCCACCAGAUGUGUAAACAUAAUGAUGGAGCUACAAAAGAGCCAGAAGGACUUGGAUCAGCGAAUGAAAAAGAUGGUUGAAAUCCGAGGAUACAAAGAGUUAGCAGGGCCUCAUUAUAACCUGUACAGAGCUGGACUAAGACGACAUUCAUUGUCAAGUGGAUCAGCAGGUGCACAAAAAGGCCCCUUCAGAACAAAUCAAUCAGCUUGUUCCUUACCAAUUUUAGGACCCCAGCCACCCAAGCGCCACUCUGUCAGAAGGCUGAUAAAUACCUUUAGCCAAGGGGUUGAUGGAAGACCAGGGCAGAGCUUUGCUAAUAUUCCACCUCAUAUCAGGAGGCCCAGGAAAAGUGACAUCCUUCUGUUAUCUGACACAGUAAAUGGUAAGGAGGGGGGUUUAGUCAUCAAUGACAACAAUAACAACAACAGCUGGCCUGACAGCAGGGAUGACCUGGAUGUAGACAACCUACCACCUCCACCCCCAGAGGUUCUGAUGGACAAUUCCUUCCAGAGUACUGAGGGUAUACCAGGAAAUGAGGAAAGGUCACAGGAAGAUUCAGUUAAGAGUCUCCCAAUGAUUAAUCAAAACACUGGAGUUUCCCAGCGCCUGAAGGCAUCAAUGCAGAAUGUGGAAGUGCUGCCAAAUCGAGCCAGUGUGAGGCCAAGGUUGAUUAGUAUCUUGCCUGCCCGUCCUGUCAGACAGGAUGCUGUUAUGGGGGCACAAGAUGCAGAACAGCAACCAGAAACUGAUCUGGAUCCAGAAAUGGAGAAGGCUCACUGUCUCUACCAACAGGCACGUAAGAUCAUUCACCUGCACAAUGCAGUAGAAUCUCCUGACAAGAGGAAUAUUGCAGUACUAAGCAGCAAAGGACCUUCACCCCUUCAAGCCAGAAUGGGCCAGAGAUGUGGAAGCAAUGAAUUUUAUGAGGGUGAGAUGUCCUCUUGCAACCUGCCUGUGACAGCACCGCCCGUCUCUAGAGUCCGCCUACCGCCAUCUUGUCCCUCUGUGCGGCACAGAUUUCCAAGCCCUCCUGUGUUCAGACCUCAGACCACCUCUAGGCCCUCAUCUCGCCCAAGUUCUCCAAGAAUGGUGACACGUGCCACAGACAACACUGAAGAGAUCAUUCCAUCUGUGUCCUUUCGCGAUGCCCGUUCAGUCUUCUGUCUAAAUGAGUCGCAAAACUCUCAGACCUGCAGCUCGUCUGGAAAUUCUGUACUUAUCAGACCUUGGGGAGAGGCCUCCCGAGGCAGGCUACCAAUGAGAGGGAUAGACAACUCAACCCGUCGCACACAAUCAGAACAGAGGCCUAGUUUGACUCUCCAUUCAGAGUUUUCCAAAGACAGCACUUUAGCCUCUAGCCAGGCCAAGGGGCCAAGAGAGCCGGUUACCAAAAAAUAUAGGCCGGACAGCCCUCUGACAGGAGACGACACCCAGUUGGAUCCAAGUGCCACUGUGACAACAGCCUAGAGCCCAGUUGUGAUUGGCCAGGGUUUCUAAAGUAAAAUAUGACGUGGGAAGGGCAUGGAGAAAGGGAUUAUGGAUUAGCAGGAUUCUGAGGUUUAGCUGCUUUCUCUUCUCUUUCUUUUCUUGAUUAAAAAUGUUUGUUCCAAGAGUGGAUUUUAGAUACAUUUAUAAUAUUAAUUCAAUUUCAAUCUUCUUCUUUUUUAACGGCCUCAACAUUUUUGACUGAAAAAACAUGAUUGACUUCUGAAAACAUUGUCAGAAUUUUUCUGUAUCAGUUUUUAGAAGGGCACAGUUAAUCUGUGUUGUAUCUUGAAUUUGUUGUUUGUGAAGUUAUAGAUAUAUGUACAAAUUUUUUUAUAGCACCCCCAAAUCCGCGAAUGUCAUCCAGCUCACUGUUGAACCUCAGAGCUGAGAGAAAACUUUGGGAUUUGGGGUUGCUAUACUAAAAUCAAUGAGUACACCUUUAACUUACAUAAUUGUCAGAUGUACACAAGUGUUCUUGUAUGUAUUCCAUUUUGUGUUUGUACUAGCUUUCUAUCUGUGUUAACCAUGUUUUCUGCCUUGACUGUGUCCCAAUAAAAGAGUAAAAUCUGCCCAAA